UGCCCUAUUUAGAAAUCCCCGUUUCGAAGGAGAGAACGAGAGACAAAGGGACAGUGCGAGGGGGAGAACGCGAGACAAAAGAGAGGGAGCACGAGAGAGCAGGGCUGCAGCCUGCAAGAAGGAGGUCGGAGACUCGGAAGAGAAGAGGAGAGAGUCGGAGAGAACUCGCAGCAGCGGGCUGAGUGCUCGAUCUUGGUUGAUCGACAGGAGCAGGCUAAUGCCAACAGCUGUCAGAAUCUGCUGAAUGCACAGGAGCUCACUGAUUUCUGCCCGAAGUAAACUCUCUCCUCUCUCGUUAAGAUGGUGGGAUUCCCUCAAGUCGUGCAUGACAACUCAGGUUCGCUUGCCCUCAAACUGAAUCACCGUUCUGCAGCAAUGGAAAGGCACAAUUUCAUGAGUUUUGAUGCUGGCCACACACUCACACACACAUAUGAAGUUAAAAUUAAAGUCAGGUAGCAUCAGUGAUAUGUACGAGAACCAAACGUCAAAAAAGCUGAUAGAUAACAUGGACGACAAGGAAGAAAAGAAGUCCUUCGGAAAACUAUUAAAGGCUGUUGAGCUCUUAGGAUCUUCACAACUGAGUUGGAAAGAAAGGAAGAAGAUGGAAGACCAAAGUGUGGCUUCCCUAGGUGGAAAGCCUAAAAAGAAUUGCAAGAUGCCUGUCAUUUUGGGGAGGAACAUCAUGAAAAAAAGGCAGGAAAAAGAGCAAAAAUUAUUUGAGGAGGGUCUUAUUGAUCAGAUUCCUCGGAAAUAUACUAGCAAAAGCCAGAAAACCAGGCGAGAAGAUCAAGUGCUCAAAAUUAGCCAAGGUAAUUUCAGAAAUGGCAUGUUGGAUGUGAAGCAUAUCUUGAGAAAGGAUGAAGCUGCUUCUAGGGUGGAAGACCAUAACCAUGGAGGUGGUAAAGACAAGAAGAGAGGCAAAAGGAAGCAGCAGAACAGCAAGAAGAGAAGGCGAAGGAGCUAAUUUGGACAGCAAAUGAAUAAUUCUCAUCAGUUAGAGACACGAAUGAGCAUUGCUAAUAGAGAUUAUGUAUAUGAUGAUUUUUUUAUAGCUUGCAUACAAAAUCUAGUCACUGUUUCAAUGUUCCAUGAAAGUAUUUCCUUCUUCUUUCGCAGUAAUUGAUGGUUUCACAGUUAGAACUUUACAGCAAUUAAAUGAGCUUGUUCUUUA